AUGAACCAUCGCAGGUUCUCGCUUCAAGUCCCAAUGGGGACCGAACCCAGUGGAAGUGGAAGGAUCAAAGUCGAUGAACACUAUCCAUCAGAACUUGAUGAACCCCCUGUGUUUGAUGUAAAGAAGAUCGAAAACAUCAGAGCCAAUGUCAAAUUUGAUACGUUAUAUCAGGUCACCAAACUCCUAGGAGAUGGAAAGUUUGGAAAAGUGUACUGUGUUAUUGAAAAAGCUACGGGCAAAGAGUUUGCAGCUAAAUUUAUCAAAAUUAGAAAAGAAGCUGACCGUACGGAGGUGGAAAGAGAAGUGUCAAUUCUCACAGGACUUCGCCAUCCAAGAAUUGCUCAAAUUUACGAUGCAUUUUACACCACCACCAACGAUGUGGUUUUGAUUAUGGAAAUUGUGCGGGGUGGUGAGCUUUUUGACCGGGUCGCUGAAGAGUCUUAUGAGCUUUCUGAGCUUGCUGUCGUCAUGAUCAUCUGCCAACUUUGUGAAGCUAUCGACUACAUUCAUAAACAAAACAUUCUUCAUCUGGAUGUGAAGCCGGAAAAUAUAAUGUGUGUAUCGCUAACUGGUAAUCGGAUCAAGCUCAUUGACUUCGGUCUAGCUAGGCAUUAUGAUGGAACUCAGGAACUCAAAUACAUGGCGGGUACGCCAGAGUUUGCUGCGCCGGAAGUUAUCAAGUUUGAAAAAUUGGAUUAUCAUACCGACAUGUGGAGUAUUGGAGUUAUAACUUACAUUUUGCUAUCCGGAUACUCCCCGUUUCUUGGUGACAACUUGGGAGAGACAUAUUGCAACGUCGAGAAAGGUGUUUGGGAGUUUACGGAGGAAUUCGAUACAGUCAGUGAGGAAGCGAAGGAUUUCGUUACAAAAUUAUUAAUUUAUGAUCAGAGCAAACGUAUGCUCCCACAUGAAUGUCUUCAACACCCAUGGAUCUCUAAACAUCGUCAAAAAGCUGCGUGCAACACAAUUCUAGAAAAACCGCUCAACGCUCCAACUCUUGAUAACAAACAGAUUAUGAGAUAUAAUGCACGAAGGAAAUUCCGGCGUAUGAUAAUUUAUGUGAAGUUCUUGAUAGAGAUGAACCGAUUGAGAAAUUCUCUGAAGACUCGUAUGAGUGCAAAUGGUCAUAAAUUCUUCGAUCCCCUUCUCAAAAUGGCGGAGAAAAAAGAACAAAAGAUUACCAAUGCAAUUGGAUCAGUUUCUACUCCAGCAACCGGUUUGGGCUCUCUUUUGAAAAUGGCUGUCGAUUCGGAAAAGAAAAAGAAUGGUGAUGGUGUGACUCAGGCCACAACAAUGUCUACAGACCCAGAGAAGAUGGAGAAAAAGAAAAAGAAGAAGAUUGUGAAUGCCGAUAGUUCCACAAAGACGGAGAAAACACCCAGCUUGAAGAAGAAAAAACUAUCUGAGAACAAUGAUGAUACUAGUCUACGACCCCCACCGGAAAUGCUCACCAAGAGAGCUUCAACUGGAGGGGAGAGUUUGUUAGCAGCAGUGAAAGUGUUGAAAAACUUGGAAGUAGCAGAAAAUGGAACAACUCCAAAACGUAAAAGCCUGACGUCAGUGAAAGAAGAAAAAAUUCAAAAAGAAGCGGCUGUCAAAAAACCCUCAGAGUCUGCACCAACGGUCUACAAAACUCUUGAAACUACAGAAAAUGGAGACAUCAGACGGAAAAGUGCUCCUCUUAAACAGGACACUAUUGUGGUAUCUGACACCAAGAAAACAGUACCCAAGUUGUUAGAGACUGCACCAAAUGGAGAAAUCAAACGGAAGAGUCUUGUAACCAAAGAUGAGAAAUCGGAGAAAACAGAAGACGUCCGGAAAAAGAGUUCGGCUUCGGUGAAGGAGACUAAAACUGUGGAGUUGUCGGCUGGUUCUGUGAAGUCUGAGAAACCUGCUACACUGGUUGACGAGAACGGAGAGAAAAUUGUGAAAAAGAAGAAAAAGGUGACUACUGUUACUGCAGAAUUGGAAAAGCCAAAGGCACCUGUGGAUUUAAAAGACGAGAGGACAAAACUUCUGAACGGAAAUGCUGAUAUCUCUGAAAAACGAAGAAGUUUGAGCUCAAAACGUGCCAGUGAAAACCCUGCUUCGGAAAUGAGACCUCUCCCAAUUGUUGAUGUAUCUCCAAAGAUUGUUGUCGCCGAAAAGAAAGAAGUCAAGGAAGUAGUAAAAUCUAAGACCGCUGCAUCAUCAGAAGAGGUAGUACCAGAAACUAAGAAACCGGCGAGACAGGGUGCUCUCCGUAAACGUGACAAAUCACUGGAUGAUGUUCUCAAUGCUGCUCCAACACCGACCACUUUGUCCAAAUCAACGGAAACUGCGAUCAAGCAUUCAGUCGUAGAAACAGUUCAUCCAAACGGUGAAAUUGUGAAGUCUGAAAAAGUGCUCACAAAGAAAAAGAGUCUUAAAAGUGAAAGAAGCACUGACGACCAUCUUCCAGUUCAAGUUCUUGAGGAUCAGGCAAAGAUUCCUAAAUUGAAAACUAAUGUGGUAAACUUCGAGGCUAAGCCAGUCAAGAAAUCAUCCAAAAUUGUGAAACUAAUUCCAGAAGAUGCUAUCGCCACUGUUAAAGAUGACAACAAAUCAACAAAAAUUGUGAUGACGUCAGAGAAGCAAGCGACGACAACUGUUCAAACUACAACAAGCGUCAAGCGAACUACAAAGAGUUCUGAGAAAAAAGUGGAGCACACAGCUGAUGGGAAAAGUGUUGAAUCUUCACAGAAGAAGAAUUCACAGAAAGAUGACGUUAAAAUAAGUCAGGUGACAACCAAAAAGGAAGAAGAUAGCACUCAACCAGCUCCAAAGCUGACUGUCAAAAAGAAUGUAUUGAAACAGAGUGCAGAGAAAUCAGUGUCAGAAAAAGAUCACAAAACAACGGAGAACAAAGAUGAAGAAAAAGUGGUCAAGAAGAGCAGCACCGUAAAAAACAAGGACGUAGCACAAGUUACUCUUCAACAGUCUCUUAAGGUGAACGGAGAUCAAACCAAGGAUUCCAAGGUAACUGGCACCAAAACAGUAGUCAACAAAGUAGAGUUGAAGGGAGAGGAAACAAUUUGUCCUAAAAAAUCUUCGUUGAAGAAGACAACUGCCAAGCUGACUGGAGAGACUACGAAUCAUCUGGAAAUUUCAAAAGAUGGAAAAGUGGGAAGCUUAAAGACAAAAGAUACAACAUCGCUGAAAUUGUCGCCGGACUCUGCCAGUGACACGUCAUCCAACAAAAACGUGCGAAUCCAUUUGACAGAUGAACAGUCAGUUAAGUCAAGUGUCAGAUCGCAUCCGUCUAGUAUUAGCACCAGAGAUAGUUCAGAGGAAAGAAAGAAGGUUCGUUUCGCUGGCGAUGUGGAGUCUCCAACCAAACUAGCACCUCCUCCAUUAUUUGGAAACGGUCUUAUGAAAAUGAGAUCAGAAAGUAGUUUACACAAAAAGCUGAAUGAGCAUAACUCAAAGAAAAGCCAUGAUGACGUGUCAAUUGUUCGAAAGACUUCACUAUUCACUGACAUCGAGUACCAACCACGUGAAGAUUUUUCGUUCGAAGCGCUCAAAGAAAAGCUGACACGACGGGUCAGCGAUGGAUACGACGAUGAUGGCAAACGUGUUAAGCAAAUGGUUGCAAUUCCUCCAACAAAUUCAGUCAAGGACAAACUCCGUCAUUUCGAGAAGAAAUUUGCUAAAUAA